AUGACAGUUUCGCUUGUCUCAUCCUUAAGUUACAAUUUCAAUGUGACUACGACGACAGAGGGUACCGGCGAUGACUACGACGUUGAAGACGAUGUUGACAUCCCAUCCUGGGUACAUGGAGUAGGAGGGGUUGGGAUGAGUGUUCUGAUACUGCUUGCUGUGGUGGGCAACGUUCUCGUCAUCAUCUCUUACUUCAGAGACAAACAACUACAGACUGUCCACAACCUCUACAUCCUCAACCUGGCUAUAGCGGAUCUCUUCCUUGGAGCUAUCAGCAUGAUCUUCUAUGCAGAUUUCACGCUCAGAUCCUGGAACUGGGUGUUUGGUCGAGUGUUCUGCAAGAUAUGGUGCGUUAACGAUUAUUCUAUGUGCUUGAUGUCUGUGCUGCUCAUUCUCCUUUUGAGUCUUGACAGAGUCAUCCUUCUUAGAAAUGGAGCUGAGUAUAUCGCCAAAGAGACAAAGAAGGUGGCAAUGGUGAAGAUAUCAAUAGCCUGGGUCAUAGUGUUUGGGAUAUAUGGCCCUUGUGUUGUGUUCUGGGACAUCGCAAAAGGGUACAGUGUCAUUGAAGAUGGAAAUUGUGAUGCUGAGUUCUUCGACGACAUGCACUUCAGUGCCAUAUCCACUGUAUGUGAGCUUGUCAUCCCUUGUAUAACACUCUGUGUACUAAACAUUCUAGUGUUUCUUGCUAUUAGAAAAAGACUGAAGAUAUUUGACAAGGGAAAUAAGGCUAAAGUCGUACCGAUCAACGAACACAAAGAGCUAAAAACUGAAAUCAGCAACAUUUCAACAGAGGUCGAAAAAUCUUUUCAAGAAUCGUCCCAAGCCAAACAGAAAAUCCCUGGAAGCGCAAAGGAUAUUAAGCAAACACACGCUAAACAUACAUCCGAUAGAAAGGACAUCAAAGCAGCUAAAUUUUUGGCAGUUUUGGUUGCAGCAUUCCUUCUAACUUGGGCCCCAUACACCAUAGCAAAUUUCGUCUCCUCCCAAUGUGACGACUGCAUCAACACACAUCUGUACGAGUUCUUUACCUGGCUCUUGUGGGCCAAGUCCUCCAUCAAUCCAUUUCUAUAUGCUUCGCAGAGUAAGCGGUUCAAGGAUAACUUCUACAUGCUCCUGCCAUUUCUCAAAUUCUGUACCAAGAAAGAAUAA